AUGCCUCAACCAACAAACUAUGAGUCUGCUGUCCAGGAUAUCGAGCAGGAGAAGAAAAUGGUGGCCGCGUUGAAGCGGUUGUCCAUCGGCAACAUGAUGAGCUACGAUCCCGACUUGCCCAUGGAGAACAUGGAGCAGCAGUUGCGGUUCCAGCACAACGCCGAGGACCCCCAUCCGUCCUCCUCCACCAUACCCUCUUCUGCCAGCUCCUCAGCACCCUCCGGCACCAGUUCGCCGUUAAGAAGGCGCUCUACCUUGUCCAGGAACCUGUCGUUGAAACGAGACCACCGCGACGACCAGAGCUACGAGUCGGACGAGUUCUUCGACGCAGAAGACAACGACCAGUUCUAUGACAGCUCCAACGCCUUGCUAUGGGUCCCGGCAAACUUGCAUCCCGAGGUCAAUCCUGACAAGUUCAAGAUCCAUGUCAAGUCCACGGUGGAGGAAAUCAUGGAACGCAAAUUGAGCAGGAAAAGCUCGUUGUCUCGCAACUCGUCUCUCAGCACCAGCUCGUUGCCCGUGGAGGAGACCUCGGAGUCCACCAUACCCGCAUUGCAGGAGGAGAAGUCCGAGCCAGAUGCCUCCAAAGACAAGCGAGAAUCGUUCCAUCAGCAUCGUUUCAGCAAUCCUUCUUUGCGUGAUUUGACCCAUGAGCUUGAAAAGCUCUCCAAAAUUGCCGGCAUGGAUGCCAAUGACGCCGUCACCUUGGCAAGAACAUUAUCAACGUCAUCCUUAGGCUACACGGAUGUAGAAAAAUUGGCCAUGGACGAAUUAAGCUCAUCCCCACAUACUUCCCCACUGCAUGCCCCCAAAAGAGCUAAAAGCGAAAAGAGUAUUGACGACCCAUACGAUUCCGAGGAUGAUGCCUCCAUUGAUCCAGAUUCUCCAACCGCAAAUAAGGACAAGACCGUCUUAGGCUCCCAUGACAACUCACAACCUAUAUCUUCAACCUUGCACUUGCAACAGCGUUUACAGCAACAAUUUUUCCAGAGCCAGUCCGACAAGGAGGACGAUCCAGAGGACCCAAAGGAACUGCAUAGUCAUCAAGCACCCAAGCAUCCAGAUUCAAGUUCUCGCGCAGCCCAUGACUUUGCUUUGAAGAGAAGCAGGAGACCAGACUACAGAAAGCCAAGCGCUACUAGUGUGGCUCCAGCAUUGGGUUCCAAUUUACAAAGUUCGAAGCACGGCAAGUUGGCAGAGUUGAGAAACAAUUUGAAUGCUAGUUUUGGGAAUGAAGUAGUUCCUCAAAAGGAUGGCUAUAAUAACAAGUCUUCCACUAGCCACAAAAGCUUUGACAAGAAAAGUGCCCGUGAUUCACAACUCUUAUUCAGCUACAGAAACCCAAACGAACCACCCCCAAGCAAGAAUGGCGAUAAUUCAUCCUCCAAAAAAGUAGCCCACGAUUCAGGUUCACCAUAUCCAUCGUCUGCUACCUCUCAUUCUGUUGAGCUGCAAUUUACACCAAAGUUUAACAAUCAAAACUUGACGGCAAAAAGAAUCUCCCGGAUUAAGUCAAUACAGACUGGACUUGAACCAGACAAGUCUAGACCACGUCAAGCUCCUCCCACUCAACCAUACCCAAACCAGGACUUGAAUUAUGUUCCAUCUACAGGCAGCUCGAAACAUAGAUCUCAUCAAGGUCACCAAUCGACCCGAUCACAGCAAUCACACCAGCAUCAACCACACCAGAAACAAUCACACCAGAAGCAGCCACAUUCGCAACAUAUGCAUCAUCAACAGCAACAGCAACUGCACCAACCACUACCACAACAACAGCAGCAACAGCUACAACAACAACAUCAGCAACAUCAGCAACAUCAGCAACAUCAGCAACAACAGCAACAUCAGCAACCUCACCAUCAUACUCGCCACCAUCAUAGGUCCGACAGAAGUUCCAGCCCUAUAGAACUUCCACAGCUAGAGGAAAACCGUGCCAGACGCCAUCACCGUAGUAGCCGCAAAAAGACAGGGUACCAGAAGACUUUACAUCAGCCUCAUGUCACUACCCCUUCUAUGAAUGAGAAGUCUCAACAAUUGAACCAGAAUUUGGAUUUAUUGAGAUCCGAGAUAAAUGAGUUCAAGGAAAGCUUGAACAAAAACGAAUCAGUUAGUCAAGGUAGCAGAAAGAGUUCAUCUUCAUCCCAGAAAUUGGUUCCACAAGAUGAAAGACCAACUAUUGGGGGCACAUCAAGCGAGCACAACGAGGCAGACUUCAGCUUUGAACUUAGUUAUCAAGACAUUAGCUAUGAGGAUUCUUUGGGUAUUGAGAGGGAAGUGUUGACCGAAUUGGGUAGGUCAACUCAGCCUACUUCCAAUAUUCUCGAUUCUGAAGAUAUCAGAUUUGAUGGUUCCCGCAAAGACUCUCAGAGUGAUGAAGUUCCUACGAACACCGUCAACGAUAUCCUAGCAGGCCGCGCAACAAAUGUUGCCAACCUGGCUACCGAGAGAGAUUUUGUCGGUUCGGAGAGAGAUAGACGUCAAGAUUCACCAUUUUUGGAUAAUAGGGCUAAAUCAUUAUCCAAAGAUCAGAAUCAACGUCUUGAAUCGAACCUGGCCCAUGAAUCGAAAUUGCAGUCACCACCCAAAAGUUAUAGGCAUCAAGCUCAAGCAGCUAAUAUUCAAGACAAAGUGCAAUCCGAGGAUUCUUCCAUUCAACAAGCCCAGCAAUUUUAUGGAAGAGAAAUCAAGAGCGAAUCACCAUACCCCUCUCCUAACCUUAACGAUCAUUCUCAAAUCCCUCAAUCCAAACAGAAAAAGUUGGAAGAGCAAUUGCAUCAAAUAGAGUUGGACGAAGCAGGAGUUGCUUCAUUGGAAGCAACAGCAAGGUCUCAAAAGGAUGGGGAAAAGGUAUCCACUAACGAGUUAGAGAAUAUCUAUGAUCAGAAAUUGUCCAUGGAAAGCCAAAAGAGUAUUCCCAUUUCUAAAAAGUCGGUGGAUAUUAUACACCCUAUUUCUGAAACUGAAUUUUCUGAUGACUCUAGUUUUGAAACGUCACCAACCAAGGCUGUCAGAAAGAAAAAGUCGUUCGGUGUGCUCCAAAACAAUUCGUCUCCUUCUUUGGAGUCUGGUCCAAAUAAAAGUCCUACUAAGAAAUUGAAAAAGAAGAAGUCUUGGCCAUGGUUGAAGGAAAGAUCAGUCAGUCUUUCGUCCGCUGAAGGUAACAACUUACCCACUGUUACAGAAUCGCCAUCACCUUCACGGUCUGUUUCAACUCCAGAAAUGUUAUCUAGGCCCGAAGAUGAGGAAGAAACCAAGGUGAAAUCCAAGCAUGCUAGCGAGGGCAAGGAGAACAUGAUUACUAAAUUGUUCAAGAAGAAGAAGCCGGCCGUACAACCCUCGAACGCUUCUGUCCAUUCUGUUGAGUCGAAGGACUCAGGUGUUGUGGUUGACUAUGAAUCUGACUCAGAAUCAAAGAAGAGCGUAAAAAAGAAGAGUAGUGGGAUUUUCAAGAUGAAGAGCAAGCCCAAGCUUGUGGAAAGAGAAUUGAGAGAGGCUGAUCAUGAAAAUUUAGUUGCUAAUGUGAAUGCAGAAACAGCAGCCGCAGGCAAAUUGGUAAAAGCAGCGGAAACAACACAAUUAGAAGAAAAGGUAAACCCAGAUAAUGAAGUUGAAACCAUAAAGACUCAAACUGUCAAGAGCAAGAAGCAAGAGAGCCUUGCGUCUCCAAUUGAUGAUAUCAAAAUGAGUGAAGCUAUGGAGAAGAAAGAUGCCAAGGACAAGAAGAAGUCCAAGUCGAAGUUUAGUAGGAAAUCACAGGACAAGAAGGACAUCGAGGAAGAAAAGGCGUUAAAGCAAGAGCAAGAAGAGGAAGAAAAAUCGGCAGAGAAGCCCCAGACCACCCAUGAAGUGCAAGAAAAAUUGAAGAAGUCCAUCAAAAGAACAUCCAAGGCUAACCAACCUAUUGUGUUCACUGACUCUGCGUUUGGGUUUCCGUUGCCUCCACCAUCCCAGUCCACUUUGGUUAUGUUGGAUUACCGGUUUCCAGUACACGUUGAAAGGGCCAUUUACAGAUUAUCGCAUUUGAAGCUUGCCAACCCCAAGCGGUCUCUCAGAGAACAGGUGUUGUUGUCCAAUUUCAUGUAUGCGUACCUUAACUUGGUGGACCACACGUUGCACUUAGAGCAACAUAUGACGAACGGGGACUCCGGACAAGACGAGUUGGACGACAAUAACGACAAGGACAUGGUAUUUGCUAGUGACGAGCACAUGCUCAUGGAAGGGGACAACAUCGAUGAAAUCGAUGAUAGCGACCUCGUGCCGAAUGACGACUCAAUCCCCAUAGACUUGGAUAUUGCAGAUAUGGACAACGCCAAUGCAGGCAUACAAGUUUAG